UUAAAAGCAGAAGAGUACAGUAAUAUCGUCAUGGACCUUGGAGGAAUUCGCAUACAUGUAUCUCGUAGAAGACCAUUACAUGAACGAGGGACACAUGGGCAUCACAGACACCGUCAAAGAAGGAGGGAUCAAGAUUUACGAAGCAGAAGUAGACACAGGGAAACCAGUCAGCCAUUGGUUAUCAGUGAUGAGGAUCCUGGUGUACAGAACAGUUCAUGUAUUGAUCUGACCAGUGGGGAUGAGGAAUUCAUUGAUCUGACCAGCCCAACGGGUUCAAAUGAUGCCAGUGUUAUAAUAGUAAGUUACAUAGCCAAGACCAGAAGACGCAGACCUAGAAGGAGACGUCAUCGUGAAACCUCGGAUGAAUCUGAGAAUGAUGUGAUAGAGAUUUCCAACUCCUACCAUCCAUUACCUCUACCUUUGUCGUUUGACGAUCCAGAAACAGAGAAUAAACCAUCAACUAGUGCAAAUGAUUCUAUUCUGUCACCAGUACAGGAUAUUAGCUGCCCUAUUUGUAUGGACAGUAAAAAACAGAUCAUAAAAAGUGGGAGACAGAUGGCUGCUACAGUUUGUGGCCAUGUUUUCUGUAAGCCAUGCAUUAAAGCGUCCAUCGAUAACCAUCGCUUCUGUCCAACCUGCAGGAAAAAGCUGAGCAUGAGACAGGUGCAUCCUCUGUUUAUAUGAAGGACACUUACUGACUUGUUUAUAUGAUAGUAAUUUACUUACCUGUGUGUUUAUCUGAGGGAGAAUUACUGACCUGUAUGUUUAUCUGAGGGAGAAUUACUGACCUGUAUGUUUAUCUGAGGGAGAAUUACUGACCUGUGUGUUUACAUGAGGGAGAAUUACUGACCUGUGUGUUUAUCAGAGGGAAAGUUACUUACCUGUGUGUUUAUAUGAGGGAGAAUUACUGACCUGUGUGUUUAUCUGAGGGAGAAUUACUGACCUGUGUGUUUAUCUGAGGGAGAAUUACUGACCUGUAUGUUUAUCUGAGGGAGAAUUACUGACCUGUGUGAUUAUCUGAGGGAGAAUUACUGACCUGUAUGUUUAUCUGAGGGAGAAUUACUUACCUGUCUGUUUAGGGCUGUAAGAUAGUUCAGUUCUGUAUGUGCUUUGAUAUGAAAAAAUAAAUUUCCUUUAAUUCAAUCUUUAGUGUUGAAAUUAGUGCUGAGUACUUGUUCUAAAUGUUGUUCUAUGUAUUGAAGCUGACAGUUUACACUGAUUGCUUAUGAAUUGUUAAAUGUGUAAUGUUUAUUGCUCAAUGAAAUGAUUUAUAUGUCCAAUUCAUUAAACACUUGUAUAUUGGUUGUUAAAGUAUAUUGCUUGCUAUAUGUGAAAGUUGGACACAUGCACUGGUUAGUAGAUCAGAUAAUUUGCCAAAAUUAUACAUGUAUAAUCGUUAGUUUUUUUCUGUGAGGUACAUUGCUAUGUGUGUUUCAAAUAAUGCUAGCUAAAUUAAUUUUACAGUACAUAUAAAAAGAUAUAAAAUAAAUUUUCCAUUCAUGAUUUUUUUUCUUUGGUGAAGGGAAAUUAAGUUUUAAAAGAAGAUUUGAACUGCUCUUUCUUCAAUGGGAUUUGAAUUGAAUCAUAUGCAUUGUAUCAAAAUUAUUCUGAUCUACAGUCAAAAUUAAUUCUGUAGUGAGCAUUAAUAUAGACUUAGAUUUUUCAUACAGUAUUGCUUUUU